UUAAAGUAGACUUUGACUGCUUUUUGGUUGCAUCCAAUAAAUUUAAAAUAUAAUUCUAGCAUAAAGUCGUAAUAUUUUUUUCUUGUAUUUCUCUCUCCUCUCCCCCCCUUUUUUUUUAACAAACUUGUUUUUUUCCUUCUCUCUCUCUGUGUGUCUUCAAUAUAAUGACGACAGGCAUAAAAAGAGCUAGAAUAGAAAAAGAUUUUAAAUUCAAUUUUAUACCCAAAUUAACAUCUGAUCAGAUAAUAUUUAAUAACAAUGACCUAUCUUCAACUGUUAAUCAGUCUCCAAAAUCAUUGAAUAUAAACACAUUAACUCGUCAUUUUAAUGCACGUUUAAACCAAUUUGAGAAAACAAAAGAAACAAAAACUCUAUAUAAUAAACCUAUCAAUUCCAUAUCUUUUCAGCAUCAAGAAACCAAAACAGUAUAUGAACCAAUAUAUUUGAAGCAUCAAGAUAUAUUAUACACAAUCAUUAUUUACAUACAAAUGGCAUUCAAUAUCAUCAUCUCUAGCGUUGCGCUUUACAUUUUUACAAAUAUAAUUUUAGCUAUAAAACAAGAUUUUCGAAUAAAAGCCGAAGAAUAUGUAAAUGAAUUACAUAAAGAAAAAUUAAUGUGUACAAAUAAUUAUCUUAUAAAUCAUUGUGGGGAAACGAAUCGAAUUCCAGCCAUUGAAGACAUGUGUAAUAAUUGGGCAGCAUGCAUGAAUAAAGACAUAGUUGUAGCACAGGCAAAAGUAUAUGCUGAAGCUAUUGCAGAGAUCAUUAAUAGUUUUGUAGAGCCAAUAUCAUAUAAAACACUGCUCGUUUUUUCAUUAUUGACUGUAGGGACAUUUGUAUUUUCAAAUAUGACAUUUAAUUUAUUCAAGAAAAAUUAUCACAGAUCAAUACAAACUACACAAGCAAUUGUAAAAAAAGAUUAAAUAAUAGCAUAAAGAUGAUGUAUGAAUACAAUGUAUACUAUUACAUUUAUAUCAUACUCAAUGGUGCUCCAUGUAGAAUAUUGUUUAAAUUACAGGGAAUGUGUAAAGUAAAACGUCUAAAUAAAUAACCGUUAAAAAAAACAUAAGAGAGUGCUUUAAAUUUACAAGAGAUCUCGAUCAUUACAUCAAAUAGUAAAACAACAAGAUAUUCUACGCGUAACAAUAGUAGAUACCAAAUAUCAAAAAAAAAAGAAAACUUUAAACACGACAAUAACAAGCCCCACUCUCACUUGUACAUGGUGUUUAUAAUAAAAA